UAAGUUGAUGAUCAGCAAAAAGGCAAAAUCUUUUCUUACUUUUUAGUCAUUUUCUUUAAUUGUUGGUUUGAAUUUGUUUUCUUGCUUUCACUAUAGUUUCACUAAAGAAAACUAGCUGUCUCCAUCUGUUUUUUCUCUCUAAACCAGUUCUUGAUUCAAAGCAAAGAUCUUGAGGUGAAAGAUUGGAUUUUUAUUUUGUGUCUUUAGUUUCUUGAUUUUGGUUCAAAUAGAUGUAAAAAUGAAAUCUUUGAGGUGAAAGAUUGGAUUUUUAUUUUGUGUCUUUUUAAGUUUCUUGAUUUUGGUUCAAAUAGAUGUAAAGAUGAAAUCUUUAAGCUCAGUGGGACUUGCUUUAAGUGUGGUAUUUGGUUGUCUUUUGUUAGCUCUUAUUGCUGAGCUCUACUACUUGUUAUGGUGGAAAAAUAGGAUUCUUAAAACAAAUCUUGAAGAUGGUUAUAGCAAUAGUAGCAAAGCAAGAGAGUUUUGUUAUAUGUUUUGUGGUAAACCUUCAACAACUUCUUUGACUCCCCCCAAUGCUUUAAAAUCCCAAGAAAUUUGUUCAUCUGAUACACAGUUAGUCCAUGAACCAACACAACUUCAACUUGGGUCAAAUGUGGAUUCAAGUAGUGAUUUUUGGUUCAAACCCUUUGGAGAUGAUUCAAUGGAUAAUGAGUUUAUGGGACUUUGUGGACCACCAAGAUUUUUGUUUACUAUCAAAGAGGAAACUAAAGAGGAUUUGGAGUCUGAAGAUGGAAAAUCCAAGAGUAGAAAAGGAUCAAGAACUAGAAGUUUGAGUGAUAUGUGUCUAAAUGUUGAAACUCCUUUUUUAACACCACUUGCUUCACCUUCUUGUUUUACUCCACCUUUAAGUCCUAUUGUUAUGUCAAAAAAUGGUUUCAAUUUCAACCCUUUUCUUGAAUCAGCAAGUGAUGCUGAGUUCAACAAGUUUAUAAGGUCUAAUUCUUCACCUCCUCCAACAUUUCAAUUCUUGAGGGAUGCAGAAAACAAGUUUUGUAGAAGAUUUGAUCAAAAUCUUGAAGUUUCAUCAAGUUCAAAGAUGUGUAAAGAUCAUGAGGAGAAUAGUGGACCAUUCAUUACACUCAUUUUCCCUAAGAACAGAGAGGUACAACAUGAUCAGCAUCAUGUACAACACUCAUCAAGCUCUUCACAAGUACUACCUUUAGCUUCUUCACCUCCAAUCCAACAGCUGAACCAACAAGAGUAAAUUUUGUUUCAUCCCCCCCCCCUCC